GGAAAAAGGCAGACCCUAACCCUCAACAGAGCUGCCUCUCAGAUUGCCGGUCGCUUUGAUGCCUUAUUCUUCUCGGAUCAACGUCGAGCUCUGCUUGGAGGAGUGGGCUUUAUCGCAGUAAAGAUAUCUCUGCACUCGCUCAACACCACUAGUAGGAGCUCACAUUCUCUCUUCGGCCGGCGUAUUUUUUCGUUUCGGAUCAUUCGGAUCUCUGAGUGGGGAUGAUCGCGAUAAUACGCAGAGAAGUUUGAAUGUGGCGGUGGAGAACGAAGGAGGACAUAUAGGUUCUUAAUUGGAUAUUUUUAAUGGAUGCAACUUCGUCGUGCCCCUCAACUCCUCGGUGGAACGUGGAGAGACCCUUCCUCACUGGCAGAUUUCACCAGGAAACAAAGUCACGACACAGUGAAGCAAAAGGCUUUUCCAUGGAUUCAUUGAAUACUGGAUUGGAAAAGGCCAUAGCCUGUUACCAUGCUUCAGUUCAGGAACUCAUUGUUAUCGAUGAUCUCCUGUCUGCUUUGGUUGGAAUUGAAGGACGGUAUAUUUCAAUCAAAAGGUUCCGUGGAAAGGAGUUUGAUGUUACAUUCCAGAUUGAUGCAUCUAUGGAUUUAGCACUUCAGGAAUUGGCAAAGCGGAUAUUCCCUCUAUGCGAGAGCUUUUUGUUGAUUAAUCAGUUUGUUGAGUCGAGGUCUCAGUUCAAGACUGGCUUGGUUAAUCACGCCUUUGCUGCUGCACUGAGGGCAUUCCUUCUAGAUUAUCAGGCCAUGGUUGCACAGCUUGAACACCAAUUCCGUCUUGGAAGACUUUCCAUCCAAGGGUUGUGGUUUUACUGUCAGCCAAUGAUGGGGUCAAUGCUAGCUUUAUCCACUGUGAUACACAAGGCUUCAGCCAAUAAUUUUAUGGGUUCUGCAGUUCUUAACCUCUUGCAAAGCCAGGCCAAAGCUAUGGCUGGUGAUAAUGCAGUGAGGUCAUUGCUGGAAAAGAUGACACAAUGUGCUAGCUCUGCUUAUCUUGGCAUAUUAGAAAGGUGGGUCUAUGAAGGAGUGAUUGAUGAUCCUUAUGGUGAAUUUUUCAUUGCUGAGAACAAAUCUCUUCAAAAGGAGAGCCUCACUCAGGAUUAUGAUGCCAAGUAUUGGGGACAGCGAUACAGCCUUAAAGAUGGUAUUCCCAGCUUCCUUGCCAAUGCUGCUGGGACAAUUUUGACCACUGGAAAAUAUUUAAAUGUCAUGAGAGAAUGUGGGCACAAUGUUCAGGUUCCUGCAUCUGAAGAUUCCAAAUUUAUAAGCUUUGGCUCAAACCAUCACUAUCUUGAGUGUAUCAAGGCUGCUUAUGAAUUUUCCAGCACUGAGCUCUUAAAUCUAAUCAAAGAAAAGUAUGAUCUUCUGGGAAGGCUGCGGUCUAUAAAGCACUAUCUUCUUCUUGAUCAGGGUGAUUUCCUGGUUCAUUUUAUGGAUAUAGCUCGAGAUGAGCUUGCUAAGAGGCUUGAUGACAUUUCUGUAGAGAAACUGCAGUCUCUUCUAGACCUUGCUUUGCGCACAACAGCAGCUGCAGCAGAUCCAUGCCAUGAGGACUUAACAUGUUGUGUGGAAAGGUCUUCUUUGCUUAAAAGAUUAGGAACACUCAAAGCCCUCGAAAUUAGGAGUUUAGCUGAUAGUAAUGAUCUAGAGGAGCCAGUGAGCAUUAGUGGGCUUGAAACAUUUUCUUUGAGUUACAAGGUUCAAUGGCCUUUGUCCAUUGUUAUAUCAAGAAAAGCCCUAACAAAAUACCAGUUGAUUUUCCGCUUCCUUUUUCAUUGUAAACAUGUAAACCGCCAGCUCUGUGGGGCAUGGCAAUUGCAUCAGGGAGUUCGUGCAAUUAACAUGCGGGGAACUGCCAUCCCUAGAUCAUCUCUGCUCUGCCGUAGCAUGCUUAAAUUUAUUAAUAGUCUUCUGCACUAUCUAACAUUUGAGGUUCUGGAACCAAAUUGGCAUGUGAUGCACAAUAGACUUCAGACUGCAAAGAGCAUAGAUGAGGUGAUCCAAUUCCAUGAUUUUUUCCUCGACAAGUGUCUGAGAGAAUGCUUGCUUCUUUUGCCUGAACUCCUCAAGAAGGUGGAGAGGUUAAAAUCAUUAUGCCUUCAAUAUGCAUCAGCAACCCAGAGACUAAUUUCCUCUUCCGUUGACAUUCCCAAGUCGGAGGCACCUUCCAAGGGAUCUCUUGGAUUGGAAAAAUCCAAGCAAGGGAAAUCAAGAAUCCCAUCUCGGGUUCUAAAGUUAGCGAUCACAAACUCAACGGUUACUGAUUCUAUUCUUAAAUUUGAGAAAGAAUUCAAUGCUGAGCUUCACAGUCUGGGACCAAUUUUGAGCAACAGCGCCCAAGCAGAGCCACAUUUGACUCAUCUUGCACAGUGGAUUCUUGGUGUUGGAAAUGAGCAGUAACACCUAUAAUCUUCCUGCCUCUUGUUGGCCUUCAGGUGAUUUCUUGAAAUCAAAGGUUCUUACCACACCUUUCAUGGUGCUAGGCCUUUCAAUAUUUCAUUUUUCGAAAGUAUUUGUAACGAAAAUAUAACAUUCCCUUCUGCUCUGAUUUUUAUCAUUAGUGUUGUGGUGAGCAAGGCACUUCAGCUCCUGAAACUGGGAGACUUGAUUUUUGUGGAAUGUGGUGUAUCUGUUCAUAUUCAACUCCUCUGUACUUUUUAAAAAAAAUCCUUGGUUAUUUUAUUUUUCAGGGUCAAGAAAUCUCUUUACGA